AUAAUAUUUAACAGUUCCAAAGCUCUUGAAAAAGAUGAAAUAUACAAUUUUCUUUUAGAUUUUAUAGGAGAAGGAUUGGUUACAGCUCCCGUUUACAAAUGGAAACAACAUCGAAAAAUAAUUUCUCCUGCUUUUAAUACUUCUUUCGUAAAUCAACUUUUAUCGAUUUUUAAUGAGAAAACAUCAAUCUUAAUAAGAAAUCUUCAAAAAGAACUAGGAAAAACUGAAACAUUUGAUAUUUCGGAUUAUAUAAUUUCUAUUUCAGUUGAAACUAUAAGUGAAACUGCAAUGGGAUAUAGUUGUGAUACACAAAGUGAUAGUAAAUAUGUCUUUAGUAAAGCAAUAGAAGA